UGUCAAGUUGAACUUCGAAGAUGAUUUUAGUUUCCCCAUCGAGUGGCUUUUACCUCCCAGAGAUAUCUACAACUUCAAACCUUCCUUAGUUGACAAUCUAGAGGCUUAAGAGCAUCUUAAAAUUACUAAUUGGGAAAGUUUGCUCAUUUUUCUCCAGGACAUCUCUAUCCGGAAGGUCUCUAAAUAUUUCCUUUUCAUGCAGGAGGUUGUGGGUACACCAGUGAAGAUUUUAUGAAAGGGUUUAAUCUUGGAGAAUGUUGGAGGCCUCACGUUGAGUCAUUUCCCUUCAACAGCAACUGCCCAAUAGCUCAAAUGCUAACAGAGAUGGCUCUAGAGCCUUGGAACCACUUGGUGGAUAUAAGAGCUCAUCCUGACCAAAAAUGACCCACGCUUGAGUCAGCAAUGAUAGACCCCUUACCCCUCUUUCCCCUAGGCUGAAGAGGAUAGCCACUUUUUUUCUUGCCCCAAGGAAAUGGGUCUGCAAGAAAAGGAAAGGAUCCCCUUUCAAAGAAACUGCGGGUGAAGAACAACAACAGGAGGUCAUUCCUCCUCAUAUGGUGAUGACAAUAACAACCUCACCCAUUCGUUCACUAUUAUUGUUGGCUUGGCUGCUAUUUUUUCUAUCAGAAAUGUUAUAUUUCUCAGGCUACUGUUGCUGCUACCAGUAACCCUUAUUAUUCUUCUCCUCCUCUUCCUCGUACCAUCGAACUCUCUUCCACUUUUUCUGAUGCUUUGGGUAAUUUUAUGAGCUUUUUUAAUUUAUUUGAGUUGUGUUUAUGUUGUUAACAUUAAAUGUUUGUGUAAGGUCUAUGGAUCCGAUUAUGAUUUUGAAGCUAGCAUAUGAUUAGGUGGCCCAGUCGAGACAAAGAGCCGAAAGUUAUGGAGAAUGACAAUGAAGAGGGUUUGGAGGUUGAGGGUUGGAAGAAUGUUGAGAGAACGAUGAUGUUAACGUAUUGGACUUGCCAGAUAGCCAUCAUUACGGAGCUCGUGGGAGAGAUGUCUUUGACGGGACAAGGAUAUUUAUGACAAGCCAAAUCCUGUCAUUCAUUCUAACUUUGAUGGGAUAAAGCAAUUGAGUUCAUGUGAUAUUUGGUGACCAAACGACUUCAUGUUGCCAAUGAAGAUUAGAUCAUCCAUUGUCUAAAUAGUCAACCCGGGAGGGUGAGCUCACAGGUGACCACCGAACUUGCUGGCGUUUGAUUUUGUCGAUGGAGGAUGGUGGUUGUGCGAGGCUCGUCGGAGCUGAGAUUCAUGGAUUUCAUACAUUGCAAGAUUUGGAUGUUAAAAACAUGUUGGAAGAAGCCAAGUCAAGAUGGUUACGCCCAAAUGAGAUUCAUGCUAUACUGUGCAACCAUAGAUAUUUCUCCAUUCAAGCGAAGCCAGUGAACAUGCCGAAAAGUGGUACUAUUGUAUUGUUUGAUCGAAAGAUGCUGAGGAACUUUCGAAAAGAUGGUUAUAAUUGGAAAAAGAAAAAGGAUGGGAAGACUAUUAAAGAAGCUCAUGAACACUUAAAAGUUGGUGAUAAAGAAAGGAUUCAUGUAUAUUAUGCACAUGGUGAAGAUAACUCAACCUUUGUUCGCAGGUGUUAUUGGCUGCUAGAUAAGUCUUUGGAGCAAAUAGUUCUUGUUCAUUAUCGUGAAACAAAGGAGGUUUCACUAGCCACACAUUCAAAUUCGAGUUCGUUAACAGAUCAGUCUACUCCUUUGCUUGUUACAGAAGAGUUUGAUUCUGGAAUUGCUAAUACAUAUUCUGAAGAACCAGGUGAGAGUGUUAAUGUUAGAAAUCAUGAAAUGAAGCUUCUUGAGAUUAAUACACUUGAAUGGGAUGAGCUUCUGGUGGCAAAUGGUGCUAAUGAUUCGAUUGCAUCUAGAGGAGACAAUGUUUCUUGCUUUGACCAACAGAACCAAAUGGCAGUAAAUGACUUCUCAAAUUAUGGUGGCCUUAUCUCUGCUCAUAAUUUAUCAACAGAAACCUCUUUGCUCGUUAAUUCAAUUGCACCGGUUGCUCAAAGCAAUAAUGCUUACCUUGGCACCACGGGGGGUGUUUGUAAUCAGAUAUCAGGGGGCCAAGUAAAUACUACCAGUCAGUUGAAAGACUCUUGUGCCUUAGGGAUAGGUGAUUCGUUGGACUUUUUGGUCAAUCAUGGUUUACAAAGUCAGGACAGUUUUGGAAAGUGGAUUAACGACUUUAUCACCGAACCCCUAGGUUCAGUAGGUGACUCUGUGCUAGAAUUGUCAUCUGCUAAUGAUUCAUUCACCUCUCCGGAGCAAAUAUUUAGCAUAACUGAAGUCUCACCGGGAUGGGCCUAUUCAACUGAAAAGACAAAGAUUUUAGUCACUGGAGUCUUUCAUCAAGCUUAUCAACAUCUUGCUAAAUCCACUUUGUUUUGUGUAUGUGGUGAUUUGUGUACCCCAGCAGAAAUUGUUCAGGUUGGGGUUUAUCGCUGUUUGUUAUCUCAGCAUUCCCCGGGACUAGUGAACCUGUAUAUGAGCCUUGAUGGCCAUAAGCCCAUCAGCCAAGUGCUUGGUUUUGAGUAUUGUACUCCUUUAUCGCAUGACCGGAUAUUUCCUACAGAAGAUGAGUCCAGGCAGGAGGAGUUCCAAUUGCAGAUGAGGCUUGCUUAUUUGCUCUUCUCUACUUCCAAGAGCCUCGACAUUUUGUUGGGUAAUAAAGUAUCGCCAAAUAUCCUGAAAGGGGUUAAGAAGUUUGCUCAAAAAACUACUAACAUGUCUGAUUGUUGGAAAUAUUUGAUGAAGUCAUUUGAAGAAAACCGGGUUUCAUCUACACAAGCAAAAGAUAGUUUACUUGAAAUUGCUUUGAAAAACAGGCUAAGAGACUGGUUGUUGGAAAGAAUAAUCGAAGGUGGUAAAACAAACGAACAUGAUACUCAAGGUCAAGGAGUUCUUCAUUUGUGUGCCAUUCUUGGUUAUACUUGGGCUAUGUAUCUAUAUUCAUGGUCUGGUCUCUCACUGGAUUUUCGUGAUAAACAUGGAUGGACAGCUCUUCAUUGGGCAGCAUUUUAUGGGCGGGAAAAAAUGGUUGCUGUUCUUUUAUCUGCAGGGGCAAAGCCAAACUUGGUGACAGACCCCACCACCCGGAAUCCAAACGGUUACACUGCUGCUGAUCUUGCAUCUUUGAAGGGUUAUGAGGGGCUAGCCGCUUAUCUUUCGGAAGAGGCUCUAGUAGCACAUUUCAAUGAUAUGGCCGUAGCAGGAAACGCUAGUGGCUCUCUGCAAACCAGUAGAACAGAGGCAACAAACUCGGAGAACCUUAAUGAAGAUGAACUAUAUUUGAAAGAAUCUUUAGCAGCUUAUAGAACAGCUGCUGAUGCAGCUUCACGGAUACAGACUGCAUUUAGGGUGCAUUCCUUGAAAUUACGAACUAAAGCAAUUGAGUCUUCCCAUCCAGAGGAUGAAACACGGAAUAUAGUUGCUGCUAUGAAGAUUCAACAUGCCUUUCGCAACUAUGAGAUUAAGAAAAAGAUGACUGCUGCUGCCCGUAUCCAAUACAGUUUCCUUACUUGGAAAAUGCGUAAAGAUUUCCUUAACAUGCGCCGCCAGGCUAUCAAAAUCCAAGCUGUUUUUCGGGGCUUCCAAGUAAGGAGACAGUACCAUAAGAUUCUGUGGUCAGUUGGUGUGCUUGAGAAAGCAAUUCUGCGAUGGCGGUUUAAGAGAAAAGGUCUUCGUGGACUACAAAUUAACACAGCUGAAGAAGUCGCACAGCGAAGCCAAGAGAGUGACACAGAGGAGGGCUUCUUCAGAGAUGGUAGAAAACAAGCUGAAGAACGCGUAGUAAAAGCUGUUGUGCGAGUUCAAACUUUGUUCCGGUCAAAGAAAGCACAGCAGGAAUACCGGAGAAUGAAGUUGGCUCAUGAUAUGGCAAAGUUGGAAUAUGAAAACCUACGUGGCCUUCCUUCGGAUAUGGAUGCUUGCAGACAUUGAAGCUCAUAAUAGGGUAUUAAGCCGAUCUCUGUCCCGGUGUAUGUGCCAUUCAGAAUUAAGAUUAGGUUAUUAAGAAUUUUGAUUUCCAAAUGUGGUUUUGCAGAGUUGCAUGUUCUUUGCUAAUGAGCAAGUUCAAUGGCCUUAAUAAUUAA